AAGUGCGCUAGACAUCGGGGGCGCACAGUUGUGCUAGUGUGCGCGUCCCAUACGGACUAUUACGAUGACAUAUCAGGGUAUAGCGCUGCUAUGCCUGGCCACAGCCUGUGUCGCCCAAGGGCCCUCCAACCAGUACCUUCCCCCUGACAAAGGCUACAGCUACGAGCCCCCCAGUGUACCCUUCCCUUCGGGCCCCUCGCCGUCCCCCUCGGGCCCCUCCCCAGGGUACGGACCACCCCCCUCUUCACCAGUGGGACCACCUGCACCCACCCCUGCACCACCAGGCCCUAGUGCCCCCUACCCACCAGCGGGUCCACCAAAUAAUUACGGCCCGGAUUCUCACCUGAGCAUGCCUCACGUCCCGGGAAUGCCAUUCGAGUUCGACUAUGCCGUCAACGACCCCGUGCACAUGGCCUUCUACUCGCACAACGCCAACAGCGACGGUGACCAGGUCAAGGGCGAGUACCGAGUGCAGCUGCCGGACGGCAGGACACAGAUCGUCACCUACGUCGCUGACUGGGCCACAGGCUUCCAUGCCGACGUCAAGUACGAGGGUGAGGCGAGCUACCCACCCCCAGCUCCGUACAGCCCCCCUCCGGCACCCCCCGGUGGCUACCCCGCCCCCGGCAGCUUCCCUAGUCCUCCAUCAGGCGGCGGCGGCGGCGGUGGUGGUGGUGGUGGUGGCGGCGGCGCCUUCACCGGAUACCCUGCAGGAGGACCCCCCGACGGCGUAACCGGAAGUGGCUAUUAGUGAAUUCCUCAGUGGCCAAUUUCUCUCUGAACGGCCGGAGUCGCCCUAACAGUUGCCCCCAAAGACAUUCAAUACCGCCUCUUCCUUAUAACGGAAUCCUUGUAAACGCCAGACAACUGUGAGGUCCCUCUUAAUCCACAACUUGCCCGACCCGGAACGGGACCCAACGACCCCGGUCUUCUCGCCCAACAACUAACCGACUGCCGGCCCAACUCGCCUGCUCGACCGAGCUGGCUCCAACUGUGUAAAUUGUGUUAUUUAUAAUAGAGCGCCUUUUGUACCUAGUUUAAGUCUAAUUGUACGUAAAAUGUAUGUUUAAGGUAGGUUUUAUACGAUGUAAUAUAGAUAGUUUAGGGUUCCUCGAUCAACCACCACCGGUGCUUUUCCGUUCUUGUCACGAAAUCCAGUAACGUUUUGUAAUAUUAUUUAUUUAGUCCGGCACCGCAAGAAUGCAAGAGCACCAGUGGCGUGAUACCAGCAGUAGAGUUAAGUCCGUGAUCCGUGAUCCCAACUGUGACAAUAUUUUGCAAUAAAACAUUUAGUCAAGCAUUUAA